AUGAAAACAUUUUCAACUUUUUUUUUCAUACUCAGUGUAAUUAAUACAACUGUUAAUUCCGGCCAUUUAAGUCAUCUUUAUAAGAUAUUUGGGCCUACAGACCCUUCAAAUCCAGCUAAUCCAAGUAAUCCACUAAAUCCAGCCAAUCCUAACAACCCGUUGAAUCCAGCUAAUCCCAACAAUCCAUUAAAUCCAGCCAAUCCUAACAACCCGUUAAAUCCAACCAAUCCCAGCAACCCUGUAAACCCAAUUGAUCCUAAUUUUCCAAUCGACCCUAAUUUUCCAAUUGAUCCAAAUUUUCCAAUCGACCCCGAUUUUCAAGUUGAUCCAAUUGACCCCAAUGUACCAGCUAUCCCAAGGCCCAUCCUUUUAAAAUUGGUAGCAGCACGCAAAAGAACACUUGCAGACUGGGCAGGGAUGGGUUUGAAUUGUUAA